CUAGAGCCUAUUUACUUGAAUUACAUUGUUAUCCGGGAUCUCGAUCAUUAACGCUGCGUCAUUGUGAAGUCACCAGACGCCUAACCGCGAUGUCAAGUGGCAGAGGAAAGCCUCCUUAUCAACCUCAGCAGCCGUUCUACUCCGGCCAGGCUCCAUACCCGACACAAACACCUCCAAACGUACACCCACAAUACGGUGGCGCUCCGCAGUAUCCGUACCCGCCUCAACAACCCUAUCCCGCGCAGCAACAUGGCUACCCAGGGCAUCAGCCGCAGGUAGCCCAACCUCCCUACCCGCCGGGCUCCCAGUACCCCCCGCCUGGGGACCAACCACCUCCCUACAAUGUAGCAGCCGGACAACCGGUCGGCCAACCCGGUGCACCGGUUUAUCAUAUGCCCGUGCAGCAAGCGUCGUUUGAUGCUACGGCGCGGUUUGAUCCUACAAAGCCAGUCCAUAUUCCGCCACCACCACCAGGAGUGGCUCCCAACAGUGCACAAAUGGCUGCAGCUCAAGGUCAACCACCUCCGCACGUCAGUCAAAACCGGAGUAGUUUCUGGACCGGAGGCGGUGACACCCACUUCACUCUCUGGUGACUUGCGUUCGCAUAUGAAUGAAAUGACUUUGUAUAAUUAAGUGGCUGCUUACUAUUUUAUAUAUCGAGCGACCAAGUUGUUACAUUGUUGCGUAGAAGUCAUUUGCUAUUUGCUUUUUGACGAUUGGUAGACUGUGUAUUUGCUGAAAGCAUCGUUCAUUGUUUUGAGAAACAUGGGGACUGCAGUCUGUAGAAAAUAAGAUGUUUAAUGCUCAUGUUUAGAAAACUUGA